CACCCUCUUUGGUAUUCUGUUUGCCUGAGUGGAAAGAGCAGCUGCUUCCACCCAGUCCAGCAAUGCAGCAGGCAGAAUGUGGAGCUUCCGAAACUGUGACUUGCCAGGGGACAGGACCUAGAUACAGAACCAGCGGGAGCCUGUGUCAGGAGGAUGUGUUAGAGCAGGGCUCCUCCCCGCGGGAACUGAGGCUUCUCCUCCUGGGGAAACAGGGUGCAGGAAAAAGUGCCACAGGAAACACUCUUCUGGGCAAAGCCGUGUUCACGUCCAAAUUCAGUGAGCAGAUGGUGACUAAAACGUGCCAGAAAGAGAGCGGGGCUAUGAAAGGGGAAAAAGUGGUAGUCAUCGACACCCCUGACCUUUUCUCCUCAAACGCUUGUGCCAAAGACAGGGAACAUAACCUUAAAGCCUGCUUACAGCUCUCUGAGCCCAACCUCCACGCGCUGCUGCUGGUCGUCCCCACCGGCCACUACACGGUGGAGGACAGUGAGACAGACAAGGGUAUCCGGGAGGUGUUUGGAGCUAAAGCCCCAAGGCACACCAUUCUAACCUUCACUCGGAAGGAGGAGUUGGACGGCCACUCGAUGCAAGAUUACAUUGAAAACAACGAGUCUCUUAGAGAGUUGGUUCAAAUCUAUGAAGGCAAAUACUGUGCUUUGGACAACAAGGCAGGUGAGGAGCAGCGGGACAGCCAGGCGCAAGAGCUUCUCCACAUGGUCAGGGAGUUGGUGAAGAAACAAGGACCAUAUUGCAUGAGCUCCAGAAAGGAAGGCAAUUGGUUCCAGGACCCUGUGAAUGAAGUUACAUCUCAGAAGGGGCACAGUCCACUAGACUUGCCCUGCAGACACGGAGCGACAGUUCAUACCAAUCGUGUCCUGGAUGACACAGACUCAGUGACUAUCUCUAUAGCCGAUGACUCUGCCAUUUGGUCAGCACGGCCAGGGGAACAGCAGCUGCUGGCUGCAGAGUGUGAGCCGAACUCAAGAAUGUCAGAACUGAAAGUCCUGCUGGUGGGGAAGCGUGGUGCUGGAAAGAGUACCAUCGGAAACAGCCUUCUGGGGAAGCAUGUCUUUGACACCCGAUUCAGUGAAAAGCCAGUAACCCAGACGUUUAAGUCUGAGAGCAGAAUCUGGAAGGGAAAGAAAUUUUGCAUCAUCGAUAGUCCAGAUUUGUCAUCUUUAGAGAACUAUAAAUCAGAGCUUUUGUGUCACAUGUCUCCAGGCCCUAAUGCCUUCCUGCUGGUGACUCCGCUGGGCUCCUUCUCUAAGCAAGAUGUGCAGGUGCUUACCAGCCUCCAGAACAGUUUUGGAGACAAAUGCUUUGAGUUUAUGAUCAUUCUCUUCACCAGGAAAGAAGAUCUAGGGGAUCAGGAAGUAGACAGUUUCUUAAAAUCUACAGACCUCUCUGAGCUCAUCAAGAAAUGUCAAAGCCGAUACAGUGUCUUCAACUACAGAAAAAAGGCAGAAUACGAACACCAGGUGAAUGAACUGCUGCAAAAACUUGAGAGCAUGAUGGGACAGAAUGAGGACGAGCCUUGCAGCUCUUUGAGAAAGAAAAAUCCCCUCACCCUGGUCCUCGUGGGGAGGAGCGGGACUGGGAAAAGCGCGACUGGAAACACCAUCCUCGGGCAUUCCGUGUUCCACUCUCAGCUCCAAGCACAGCCAGUAACCAAGACGUGGCAGGAAAGUGUGACGACGCGGGAUGAGCAGGCCGUUGUUGUUGUGGACACUCCUGCAGUCGGCCUGCUCAGUGCUGAAGGAGACCAAUCCCAGCUACGGGAGCUCAAAAGUCACUUGUCCAAAGAAGGCAGCAACGCCAUCUUUGUCCUCGUCCUCCAGCUGGGACGGUUCACUCAAGAGGACCAAAUGGCGGUAGAGAGGCUACGGGAAAUCUUCGGAAAAGAGGUUAUGAAACACACAAUCAUACUGUUCACCCGGAAGGAAGACCUAGGGGACGGGACUCUUGCCAACUACAUCGAAAACACAGAUAACAAAGCUCUUAAGAAGCUAAUGAAAAAGUGUGGGCAGCGAGUUUAUGCUUUUAACAACAAAGAACCUGGCCAAGCUAAGGAAAACCAGGUAAAAGACCUUUUGAAAAUGGCCAACGAUCUGAUCGAUAGACUUGGAGGGUAUAGAUGUCUUGCACAGGAGAAUGUUAACAAAAAACCAAUAGGUGUACUAAAAUCACUAUACCCAAAGAAUUGCAAAGAUAAGUCAUAGGCAGGUGGGGUGUCAGGUUGUGGGUAGGCAUGGUAAGACUGGUGGGAGGGGAAGAGGGUUCAAGACUUAGGGCUUGAGAAGCAAAUGCACCUCACCUCGUGAUGCUUCAGCUCUUUGUAGUUAAAUAAAUUGUCAGGCUGGGACAUGUAGUAGGGGAUUAUAAAAGAGAAAGAAGAAAUGGGGGGGGGAAGGUUUCAAAGAUUAGGCUGAUAAUAGUGGUCAGAAUCAAGUCGCAAGAAUCACCUCACCUGUGGAGGUAGGUUGGCAUCAGGGCUGACACCGUAACUGGGGCGGACCAGCCUGUGGUCAGAAUGCAGACAGUUACACCAGAACCAGGGCAUCCAGACACGUGAGAGUGGGGUAACGUCCAGCCAAGUCCCAGGCAUAAAAGAGAGAAGCUGGACUCCUGUGGGCCUCCCCACUGGCCCCCUGAGCUGCCCUUUCCUCACCUGGUGACCAGUCUUUCAUGCCCUCCUCAAGCCUGACUGCAAAGUGGGGUCCAGCCAAUGCUUCUUUGUUGUGCCCGAGGAAAUGAACAUGACUUGAAUGCGGUUUCAGAAGAUUUUAUUGCUAAUCAUCACAGUAAAAUAGACUAGAACAAAAAUCAGAAGCAGAGUAGAAUUGCCAAGAUCAGACAACCUUGCAAAGUUCUAAAAUUCUAAGCAUAAUUCUAGAUUUCCUCUACAAAAAGUUAUUGCAAACUCCUUUGCUUCUCUCUCUCUCUCUCUCUCUCUCUCUCUCUGUCUCCCCCCCCCCCACCCCCGAGGGUUAGGAAUUAGGUAAAAACUCAGAUAAUGCAAAUAAUAAUGGUUUAAACACAUCAGGAGCUUAUAGUGUGUCCUGUAAAGACGUCUAGGAGAGGCCGUUUGAGAAAUGUUCCAGCUUUGUUGUCCUGCAACCUCCACAUGUCAGGUAGCUUCUUGGUUCCAAGAGGGUGGGGUCCUAUCUGUGACUGAGCAGAUUACAUGGAGAGCUGCCUGAUGUGCACAUUCCAUGAGAUGAGAACUAUGGAAUCUUCGCCCAGUAGAUGUAGGGCCAGAUGAUUUCAAUAUUAACCACUUUAUAGAUGCUUCGAGAACAGGGUCUAUGUCAUCUGCCUUUGUUUUUUUGAAAGUAUCAGGGUACCUUCAAGAUUAAUCCGUUUAUGAGAGCCUGGGCUGUCACCACUAAUGCUUUUAUACUACAUAACCCUUACCAUGACAAAUUCUAGACAAUGUGUGUGUAAAUAUUCAGUUAUGUGAAAUAAUAAAGAUGAAUUAUACUAUG